AUGGGGGACAACGGACAGCCCGUUUUAGGAAGCCUUUACGUCUACGCUCCCAACAAGGGAGCACCCGUCUUCUUCGCGAUCGCGUUCGCUGCCUCGGCCGUCGGUCACAUUUGGCAAUGCUAUCGCUACCGGUGCUUCAAGAUGAUCGGGCUGCACCCUGUCUGCGCAGUGCUCUUUGCCGCUGGCUAUGCUUUGCGGGAAUAUGGAUCGUUCAACUUCAUGUACAGCCCUGAGAACCCGAGCUUGAUCAUCUUCAUCCUCAGCCAAGUUUGCAUAUACGUGUGCCCCCCUCUCCUCGAACUCGCCAACUACCACGUCCUCGGCCGAGUCCUCUACUAUGUACCAUACUUAGCACCUCUCCCUCCGGGCCGAGUUCUGUCGACCUUUGGUGGUCUGAUGGCACUCAUAGAACUCUUGAACUCUUUAGGGGUGGCCCUCUCCGCCAACCCGUCGUCGUCGCACUCGCAGCAAGAGCUGGGCAGCCACUUGACGAUAGCCGCCCUGACAUUGCAAUUCGGCGUCAUCAUCACGUUCAUGAUCAUCGCCGUCACCUUCCAUCGACGGUGCGCCAACGCCAACAUCCGCGUCAAGGCCGUCUCGACGCCCCUGAUCACGCUAUACAUCAGCAUGGGCUUGAUCUUGUUACGGUGCAUAUACCGCCUAGUCGAACAUGUCACAGGUAGCACAACGGUCGAUUUGAACAGCGUCGAAGCCCUUAACGCCUUGAGUCCCAUCCUGCGGUACGAGUGGUACUUCUACGUCUUCGAGGCCACUCUCAUGCUCAUCAACUCGGUCUUGUGGAACGUGUGGAACCCGGGCCGCUAUCUUCCUAGGAACCACCACGUCUAUCUGGCAAAAGAUGGCACCACGGAGAUACAAGGCGAAGAAGCGCCUGACGAACGGUCGUUUGCGAACAAGGCUGGACAUGUGCUGACUUUCGGCAUCCUCUUCCGCAGGAAGGAGGCGCGUCGGGGGUUUCAGGAGCUCGAGGAGCUUUCGGAUGCUCGUCCCAUUGAGCCAGGACCAUCGUCCACCGUUCUAGGCCCGACUACCUCGACAUCCAACCACUAG